CACAUGAAGUACACAAUUGUUAAGGUGCGUUUCACUUCACUCUUAUAUGAAAAGGCAAAGAACGACCAAAUCUGUUAUACAACAAGCAUUUCAGUUGUGUGUAGGAGUUCCAGCCUUAGGUAUGUAAUCAGUAAUUUUUGUUCAUUGGGAUGGAUGUGUGAAUCCUAGCGCCGACCUUAAGCUCAUAAUCUGCUGCCUGCGACAAAUGACUGUUUGUCUCUUCCGUGAAAAUGAAAGAAGCGGGGAAUUAGAAGUGGAUGGCUCUAUUUCCUGCCCAGCUGGCGGAUGAUUGCAGCGCAUGACUCAUCCCGUACGGCUGGGCUGGUGCGAUCCGUAAUUAAUGCGGACGGCCGCACCGCCACACACUCUGUCAGCCGCAUGUCCUCUCUGAAAUCACCUUCCUCAUCCUCUUCUCUCUCCUUCCUGUUUGUUCGUCCACACCUCCGCUGCCAGGGAAAAUAAGCUGUUCAGUGAACAUGAAAUUAGGAACAUCAUGUUCCAGGUGCUGUCUGGCUUGGCCUUUGUGCACAAGCAUGGUAAGACUUCUUCUGGCUCUACUCUCUUCCCCUCUGUCGCUGCGUAUGAUGAGCAUUGCACUAUUGCCGUCAUCAUUAUACCCUAGUCUUUGUCUCUUCGAAUCUUUGAAGACCUUUUCCUCAUCUAGAUUUGUUGAGCUUGCUUUACCAGGGUAUGAAAAGUCCAGGUGUCAUACAGUAAAAGCCCUGCCGUGUAUCUCUUCCACCCAUGAAGCCAGCUGAUUUCACUAAUUAGUUCUACUUCCUGGCUGAAGAAAUGUGCUAAUUAGCAAACCCAGGAUUUUUCCAUCGAGAUAUGAAGCCAGAGAACCUCCUGUGCAUGGGCCCGGAGCUGGUGAAAAUAGCGGACUUUGGGCUGGCGAGGGAGAUUCGCUCUCGUCCGCCAUACACAGACUAUGUCUCCACGAGAUGGUACCGAGCUCCAGAAGUGCUCCUGAGGUCCUCUGCCUACAGCUCACCCAUCGACAUGUGGGCCGUGGGCUGCAUCAUGGCCGAGCUCUACACCCUCCGGCCCCUGUUUCCCGGCAACAGCGAAGUGGACGAGAUCUUCAAGAUCUGCCAGGUCCUUGGGACAGUGAAGAAGAAUGACUGGCCUGAAGGCUACCAGCUUGCCUCCGCUAUGGACUUCCGCUUCCCUCAGUGUGUUCCCACCAACCUGAAAACGCUGAUCCCCAAUGCCAGCGACGAGGCCAUAACACUAAUGAAGGACAUGCUGCAGUGGGACCCCAAGAAGAGACCCACAGCAGUGCAGGCCCUGAGAUACCCUUACUUUCAAGUGGGGCAGGUGCUGGGCCCCCCCUCCCAGCACCAGGAGCAGCAGAGGACCCAGGCGAAGACGGCCCAGGCCGCGGCUUCCAAGCCCCUCUCCCUGUGCAGGACGGACCUGCAGUCGGCCUCCGAGCCCGUGCUGAAGCUCCAGGCCGAGGCUCUGGACGGAGACCACCACCAGCACCAGCACCACCCCCUGCAGCAGAUCCCGCUGCCCCAGGUCUUCGCUAAGACGGCUCCGCAGACAGACAGCUACAAGCAGGAGCCCUUUGUGCGGCACUGCUUCAACAGCAACUCGCUGCCGAGACACGCUCCUGGGGGGAACGAGAACAGCCUGUUGGGCAUGAGGAGCGGGCGGAGGCGAUGGGGGCAGACCACUGUCAAAACCUCUGACAGCUGGGACCGGUUGGACGAAUCCGAAAUCUCGUACUCCAAGAGACCCAGCAUAGGGUCUCUGAAAGAGAAAGCCAGAGAGGAUUCCGUCUGUCGGCCCUCGGAGCCGAAGCCAGUCGGUGUCUACAGCGCCGUGACCAAGUUACCGUGCGAUAGCGACGCGAACCGGAUCGACCUGGGACUGCCCGGCUCUACGUCCGCCAAACGGCACUACUUUCGACAGUCGAGAUAUCUCCCUGGGGUGAAUCCCAAGAGCACGCCUUUAGUUGUGAACAAGCAGCCAAGCAGAGCUCUAUGGGACAGCUCUGUGGCUUUAAUACAUAAGCCUCACGAACACGUUGGGGCUGGGCUGUCUGUUACCAGGAUCAAUGCAGAGGACAGUGUCCCCAGCCCCUCAGGCAUGCCUCUUCUUAAAGAAAAGACACUUGACAAAGUAGAGCAGUCCAGAGGAAACUUUGGAACACACUACCCUACUGGAGGGUAUAUUCCGUCCUUUCAAAAGAAAGAGGUUGGAUCGGCAGGACAAAGGAUCCAUCUUGCACCCCUAGAAGGCCAGUCUGCAAUGGACCUUUCUCCCACAGCUGAUCUUAGAAAUGACAAACUGAGCCCAUCAAAACUAAAGUCCCCUGUCAAUAAAGCCUUGAUUGAAAGAAAUGAAGAAUAUGAAGGGUGGAAGAGUAAGGGUUCCAGAUCUCAAAUCUCAGGAAUGAGCUUGGCGACACAUGGGAGAAACUCUGGCAACCUUCUGUCCAGCGCAAGGCCUAUUCAGUCAGUGCACGGGAGGACAGACUGGGCAGCCAAAUAUGGAAGCCAUCGGUAGCACAGCUAUACGCUCACUGUUUAACUGUAGACAUAUCACACACAGGUGAAGUACAAUAUAGACACUGCACUACGCCAGGAAAACCUGAUUCUGAGAGCUUUGUCUUGAUGCCUCCAGGAAUUGUUGCUAUAAGAACGUACACUCAGAGUGCAUGACGUGCUAUGAAGUAUAUUGUAUUUUCACAUUGAUUUUUUUUUAUUUUAUUUUUUACACAUGGGGCUAUCAAUUUAAUUAUAUUUUAAACCUACUGACUUGAAAAUCAUGUCAGGUAUAUUUCUGUUACCAAGGUAGACAUGCUAUGCCUUAACAUUGAAAACAGCAGGUGUAGCAAAGUCGGCUCAAAUAGGCUCAAAAGAUGUUUUUGGAGUAUGUUCCAAGCAUACCAACACAAAUUUAAUUUCUUAAGCACAUAGGUGCACACAUCAAACAGAAUGAGAUGUAAACCUUAUUUUGGCAUCAUUUCAUAUUAUUUUGUUAAUAAGUUUGUGACAUUCGUCCACGUUCAAUAUUUUGGUUUUCUUUCCCGACCCCCCUCUGUAUGAAAUUCAAAAGUCAUUUAGCACUUGGAUAGAAUUAGUUUCCAGAUGAUUGACAUCUUUGCAUAUUAAUUUAAUAAACCAUAACCAGGCAAGGUCAAUAUUUAAAAAAAUGUUUUUGAAAUGUGACCUAAGGUCUCUUAAUUGAAUACAAUGUUAUUACAGUAAAUUCCUCAAAUGUUACAUUUUCUUAAUGAAAAGACACACUAUUUUUAAGUGCAGUUGUAUGCCAAUUUGACAUGGGCAAAAUGGAUGGAUUUCCUGUUUUUUCGGGAUGAAAUAUAAUUUUAAUAUCAUUCAGCACUACCAUGGUAGGAUAACAUCAAGCCACUGCGCUCCUUUCCCAGUGUGUGGUAUUAAGUUUUUAAUAUUAGAAAGAAUGCACAGGAUCUGUUCCAUUAAGUUCAAUGUGUUGAAUAACCUCAGGAUUUCCUCAGUACAGUACAACUCUUAUAAUCCAUUCAAACAUUUGUAAUUUUUGCACACAAAAAAAAGCUUAAGACUUCAUAAGCAACUGCCAAACUCCAGCACUUUUCUGCUUUUAAAUGUUUACUUUUCACUAUAGAAAGUGGAAUGGUACCCACCCAUCAAUUUUUAAAAAUAUAUACACAUCUAGAUCCACACUCGUGCUUUGCAAAUCUGAUUGGCUCAGGGAUUCCUAAUGAGUCUUUGGGACUCUACAUGUAAAUAUAAGCAAAGAGCUCUAGUUCAAAGUUCUUCUGUUCACUGUACCCCAGCACAUUGAUUAUCUGAUAAUUGUUCUGUCUAGAGUAAUCAGCUUGCUGUACUGCUGGCUUAAGAAAUAAAUGCCAUUCAUGUUUGCAUUUAAUUUUACACAGCCAUAUUUACAGAGGAAAGUUCCUUUUGUGUAUUUAUAUUUAUCUUGAAUAUUAAAAUAACAAUGGCCAUAAA